AUCUUCAGUGUGGGCAUCUGGCUGUGACAGCUUGCGGCUUCACAGCCAGGUGCCCACUGCGCAUGCGUGAGUAGCACUGCGCUUCCUGAAUGGCCCUGUUGUCUUCUGGAACCUGUCACGUGUCCCAGAAGACUACGGGGAGGGAGGGUAGGAGGACAACCUCCGCUUCCGAUCGCCUAGGCGAUCACAGCGGAAAUGGGAGUGGGUACCAGUCAAUUUUGGAUACCCGCUCCCCAAAGGUGCCAAUCCUUAAUGGGGAGCAGGGGACCAGUCUUUAAAGCGGAACUUCCCCCUUUUGGGACCUGUCACAUGUCCCAGAAGACUACAGGGAGGGAGGGGGGGACAACUUCCGCUUUUGAUUGACUAGGCGAUCACAGCAGAAGUGGGAGCGGGUA